AUGGGUGGCAAGAAGUUUGGGGUUCUGCUGUGUGCGGAUGAUUCCGAGAACGUGAAGAAGAUUUAUGGAGAGCACUUUGGAGCUUUCGUGAGAAUGCUGGGGGAAGAAGGUGAAACCUGGAAGGUGUUUCGUGUGGCCAAUGGUGAGUUCCCUGAUGACGAAGAGAUUAAAGAGUUUGAUGGGUUUGUCAUCACUGGAAGUUUCAGUGAUGCUCAUGGGACUGAUGUCUGGAUCUGCAGGCUUCUCAAUCUGCUCAAACAAUUGGAUUCCAUGAAGAAGAAAGUUCUGGGCAUAUGCUUCGGUCACCAGGUAGAAGCAAUGCAAGAAGGCCAACUGUGCUGUGUGGGGAGUGGGGACGCACAAAGAAGGAUAUCUGGGUACCACAGGAGAUAG